GCUUUUUUUUUCUUUCUUUCUUUCUUUCUUCACUCUCAUGUUGCCUUUGUUUGCUUUUUUGUUCGUUCGAAUCCCAAUAUAGACUUUAAGGAACGAACGAAGGAAGAAGAAGAAGAAGCAGUCUCUGAAACUUCAUCGUUAAGAUCCGAAUCUCGCUCUUGUUUUUUUCUCCAUCUCUCUCUCUCUCUCUCUCUAUUUCGAAUGACCUCCCCACGAUUUUAGCAUCUCUCGAUCUUGAUUGUUCUGUUUUGGUAUUCGUCUCUUCCAAAUCUCUACGCUACUGACUGGUGACUGAUACUCACAAAAAAAAAAGGGAGAUGAGGGGGAGAUCAGAUGGAGGGAAGAAAAAGCCAGUGAUUGUUUUAGUCUGCGUUGCAUCAGUAGUACUUGUUUUUGUGUAUCUCUUCUUUGGCUCAUCUAACCAUGGAGCAUCAGCUAUUGAGUAUGGGAGGAAACUUGGGUUAGGUGGUGAUGACGAUGAUACCAAAAAGGAUGACUCUUCUUCUUCUUCUUCUUCUUCUUCUUCUUCUUCUUCUUCUUCUUCUUCUUCUUCUUCUUCUUCUUCUACCUCGUUUUAUGUAGAAGAUGGAAGCAAUGAUGGUUUCACACCAAGAAGCUUUCCUGUGUGUGAUGAUCGGCACUCAGAGCUUAUUCCCUGCUUAGAUAGGAAUCUUAUAUACCAGAUGAGAUUGAAGCUUGACUUGUCUUUGAUGGAGCAUUAUGAACGCCACUGCCCUCCUCCUGAGAGGCGAUUUAACUGCUUGAUUCCUCCUCCUCCAGGGUAUAAGAUUCCAAUCAAGUGGCCGAAAAGCAGAGACGAAGUUUGGAAAGUGAAUAUUCCUCAUACUCACCUUGCGCAUGAGAAGUCUGAUCAAAACUGGAUGGUUGUCAAAGGUGCAAAAAUCAAUUUCCCCGGUGGAGGCACACAUUUUCACUAUGGUGCUGAUAAGUAUAUUGCAUCAAUGGCAAAUAUGCUUAAGUUUCCAAACAAUAUUUUGAACAAUGGGGGUAAUCUGAGGACAUUUCUUGAUGUUGGCUGUGGUGUUGCAAGCUUUGGCGGUUAUCUUCUUGCAUCAGAGAUUAUGACAAUGUCCUUGGCGCCAAAUGAUGUUCAUCAGAACCAAAUCCAAUUUGCUCUUGAGAGAGGAAUCCCUGCAUACCUCGGUGUUCUAGGGACCAAGAGGCUCCCAUACCCGAGCAGAUCCUUUGAACUUGCACAUUGUUCACGUUGCCGAAUUGAUUGGCUUCAAAGAGAUGGUAUACUUCUUCUCGAGCUAGACAGGGUGCUAAGACCUGGUGGCUAUUUUGCAUAUUCAUCUCCAGAAGCAUAUGCACAAGAUGAAGAGGACCUCAGAAUUUGGACAGAAAUGAGUGCUCUUGUGGGGCGUAUGUGUUGGACAAUAGCUGCGAAAAGGAAUCAGACUGUAAUUUGGCAAAAACCUUUGACAAACGAUUGUUAUUUGGGAAGAGAACCUGGAACCCAGCCUCCUCUUUGCAAUUCUGACAGUGACCCCGAUGCUGUUUAUGGUGUAAACAUGGAAUCCUGCAUUACUCAAUACAGUGACCAUGACCACAGAGCCAAGGGAAGUGGAUUGGCUCCAUGGCCAACUCGAUUAACCUCUCCUCCUCCUCGGCUAGCUGAUUUUGGCUAUUCUACUGACAUGUUUGAGAAGGAUACAGAAACUUGGAGGCAGAGGGUAGAUACUUACUGGGAUCUCUUGAGUCCAAAAAUUCAAUCAGACACUGUGAGGAACAUAAUGGACAUGAAAGCAAGCAUGGGUUCAUUUGCUGCUGCUCUGAAAGAAAAAGAUGUUUGGGUUAUGAAUGUUGUUCCUGAAAAUGGACCAAACACGCUUAAACUAAUAUAUGACAGAGGCCUGAUGGGCGCUGUUCAUAGCUGGUGUGAAGCGUUCUCAACUUACCCGAGGACUUACGAUUUACUCCACGCAUGGGACAUCAUCUCUGAUAUAAAAAAGAGAGGUUGCAGUGCAGAGGAUUUGUUGUUGGAGAUGGACCGUAUACUUCGGCCAAGCGGUUUCAUACUCAUAAGGGACAAACAAUCAGUAGUCGACCUUGUGAAGAAGUAUCUCAAGGCUUUACAUUGGGAAGCAGUUGAAACCAAGACAGCCUCAGAAUCAGACCAAGACUCGGACAAUGUCAUACUCAUUGUCCAGAAGAAGCUGUGGUUGACAAGUGAAAGCCUCAGAGAUUUGGAGUGAUGAAUAAAGAUGAGGCCAAAAACUGCCUCCAACAUGAAAAAAAGAAAACCACAUUCACAAGAGAUUUCUUUCUUUAAGAGAAUCUAAUCGAAACAUACAAACGAAGAAAAUUCGUUUUAUAGCGGCAAUUUUAACGUUCUUUUCCUCAUAAAUCUUACUUUCGUUUACAUAAUUUAUAUAUGUUGUUUCAUGUUUGUAUGGUUCGGUAGAGAUGACUAAAGUUUCCUAUCAAAUGAAACUCUUUUUUGGUGCAAUUUA